GUGCGUAAUUUCGCCCUUUUCCCACUGAACUCGCUGAAGAACUUGCAGAGACGGCGACUCGGAGAUGAGAGGAUAACGUGUUGUGUGGCCGUUGGAAACACAGCUAUUCUAUAGCGUCCCGGCUAUAUGUUAUCGCCAAAAAAGAUGAAUGUUUUAUUUGCUGCCAGUGCUUCACUGGUGAUAUUUUUCCUCAUCUUGCAGUCAUCGUCAAGUAAUUAUGUGGAAUCUGAUAUGGGCGUUACUCCUAACAAAACAGAUGCUUUCGGUGUUGUCAUUGAUUCCAAUACUUCUAAUAUCGAACAGCAUGGUGCUGCAAUCGUGGGUAAUGAAAUGGAGGAGAAACGGCGAUCCUUAGCAAUCUUCUUCAUACUUUUCGUGCUUGUGCUGGCCAUACUUAUCGUACAUGUUUUGAUCAUAUCGAAGAUUCAGUUCGUGCCGGAGAGCUUAGCGAUCGUCAUUUUGGGUGCGGUCGUCGGACUAAUAUUGUCCUAUUCAGAUCAUGAUUAUAGUGAGAUCGAAGCGCUAAGUCCAGACAUAUUUUUCCUUGUUUUGCUUCCUCCCAUCAUAUUUGAGAAUGCGUACAAUCUUAAUAAAGGAUAUUUUUUCUCAAAUAUCGGCCCUAUACUUUCUUUUGCGAUACUGGGUACUGCCAUAUCAGCACUUGUAAUUGGAUUCUGCAUAUAUGUUCUUGGCCAGGCGGAUCUUGUGUACGAAUUGUCUGUAUUCGAAUGCUUUGCUUUCGCGUCCAUGAUAUCGGCUGUUGAUCCAGUCGCUACCUUAGCUAUUUUCCAAGCUGUGAAGGUUGAAGGCUUGCUUUAUAUGUUGGUAUUUGGUGAAUCAAUGCUCAACGACGCCGUAUCUAUUGUGUUCGCAGCUACAGCCAUUAGACAUUCCCAUCCACCGUAUAACAGUCUCGGACCGGGCGAGAUAUUAUGGAGUGUCUCAAUAACUUUCCUUGCCAUGUUUACCUUAUCAGCCGCACUUGGAUUGGCUAUUGGACUUCUCAGUGCUUUGCUGUUCAAGCACGUCGACUUCAGAAAGACGCCAUCGCUUGAGUUUGCACUUCUCCUAGUUUUCGCCUAUAUUCCAUACGGUUUCGCUGAGGCUGUUUCACUAUCAGGAAUCAUGGCCAUCUUGUUUUGUGGUAUCACUAUGUCCCAAUACACGCAACAAAAUAUCAGCCCUGUGACGCAAAUCACCUUUCGACAGACGUUCAGGACUAUCUCUUUUGUGGCAGAAACUUCAACAUUUGCGUAUAUCGGCAUGGCAUUCUUCACCAUCAAACUCAACUUUCAGCCAUCACUAAUUUUUUGGUGCAUAGUGCUAUGUCUUGUUAGCCGUGCAUUGAAUAUUUUUCCGAUCUCAUAUGCUGUGAACAAAUGUCGACGUGAGGUUCAGAUCUCAAUGAAAAACCAAAUCAUCCUUUGGUUUAGCGGAAUGCGCGGUGCUGUAUGCUUUGCCUUAGUUUUGUACAUGGAAGUCGAAAAGGAGAAGAAAUCUGUCAUUUUAACGACGACGCUGUUUCUGAUUCUUUUCACCACGCUCUUUCUUGGUGGAACAGCGAUGCCGUUCAUUAGCUUCAUCAACAAGUGCUAUCCCGACGAACGCCCGCGUAGACGAAGACGCAGUGCGCGAAAACAAAAGGGUGCAGUUAUGUUGAGCAAAACGCAGGAAAUGGCAAUGUUUGGAAGCGAUGAGUGGACUCCAAAGCGAGAUCAUGCAGAUAGGCCUUCCACAGCCGCUGGAAGAAUGAUGAGACAGUUGUUUGUACGUAAAUUCACCGCUACUGAAAGACAGGAAAAUCGUGAAAAGCUUGCUGCAUUCACGAGAAGAGUACUUCGUGAUGAAGAAUCGGAGACAGAGGUCGAUGAAGGAGCACCCAAUACACCGUUACUUCAAUCUGCUGAAGUUUAGCAGAGAGUUAUGCUCAAGUUGGUGACAAGCUGGUCAUGAGAAUUGCAAGUUUAGCAUGAAGAUUUUCAUUGCCCAUUUUUGCAAACAAACAUCAUCUUCCAGUCAUCACGAGUCUUUGACGAUAAUUUAUUUUACUACGGUAUUCAUUAUGGGUCUAUCAAGCUACGCCUUCUUACUAAUUUGUAUUACUGUCUUCUUCCCCCAAGAAUUCAACAUCAUAACGCGCAUAUGCUUUUUCAUCCGAUCUAGUCACAGUUAUCUCUCAUGUCUCUUGCCUUUUUACAAUUUUAAUAUCAAUAUUUGGAUCCUGCAAAUACAAUUCGUUUCUCGUUUCAAUUGGGAACAGGCUUAAAGGCGAGCUUCGAAUCUGUUCGCUAGUGCUCAACAUAUCAGCUAGUGCAUCAUUUGCCUAAGACUAAGGGGAAAUCUGUUUGCGGUUGGAACAGAACACAUAGUAGGUUUGCUUUGGAUGGGAAUUCUUUUUUGUUUUACUGUCAAGUUCUAUCAUUCACUCACUGAUUGUUGAGCUUGCGUCGGAAGGCACUUACACGAGUACGAG